AUGGCUUCGGAAAUGCAAAACGAGAACCCGACCAUCCUCAGUGCCGCCGACCUUCCCACGCGGCAAAAAGUCGCCGCGAAGAAAGACUCUGAGCAUGCGCUUGACGGCACUAUCUUCAGUAGCAACCUGACUGUCACUGACCUGAAAGACCCGUUUGCAAUCGAUUCCUACGAUACCUCUGAUACCGAAAACGAAGACGGCAAUCUACUAGAAGAGCCCAUCGACGAGCAGGAAAUAUUCGAUCUCAUCUCAACGAUAUCAGACCCAGAGCAUCCCAUCUCCCUGGGAUCCCUCGCCGUGGUCUCUCUGCCCGAUAUUGCAAUCACUCAUUCUCUGCCCGAUGCCCCCGAUUCUCCUCUUCGAACAGUAACGGUCCUGAUUACCCCCACGAUAACGCACUGCAGUCUCGCCACGGUAAUCGGUCUUGGUGUCCGUGUCCGGCUGGAGCAGUCGUUGCCGCCUCGCUUUCGCGUCGAUGUGCGAAUCAAAGAGGGAACCCACAGCACUGCCGACGAGGUGAACAAGCAGUUGGCCGACAAGGAGCGCGUCGCUGCAGCGCUAGAAAAUGGAACCCUAAUGGGGUUGAUUGGCAAGAUGCUGGAAGAUUGCCAAUAG